GAGGCUUUUAAAAGCAUUUUUUUUACAACCUCUUCGGCUGAAGAGGUUGUAGAAAAAAAUGGCUUUAAAAGAAAAAAAAAGUUGGCCACACCCAAUUUUCUGUUCCGUAGUUUCUUCUAGCCAAUUCUUUAUUUUGACCCAGUACUUCCUAGCUUUUGGGCAAGUCCACCACAUAUGGAAGAAUGAUCCUUGUUUGCAGUUAUAUCUCCAACAUUCCGCCGAUCUAUUUGGAAACAUUUUGGCCAAUCUUGCCAGAGGUAAAUGCCAACGAUAGAACAUUUUGUAUAGGUUUUCUUUGUAGGAAGCUGACUGUUAAUUUUCCCAUAAUUUUUCCCAGUGUUCUAGUUCAAUAUUAUAACCAAAAUUUUUAGCCCAAAGUAUUUUCAUAACUGUUUUCCUCCUCCAUUUUAAAUCUUAAAAAAUAAUUAUAUAUUUUAGAUAUCAUUUUUUCCUAUGUCCCCUGUAAUAUUUUAUCCAAUUCUUGUUCUUUGUAGAAGCCGUAUUGUUCUCAGUCACGGAGGAAACGCCGGUCACUAAAGGGUUACAACCAAGCCAGUAGCUCUAGGACCGAGUCCACCAACAAAAGAAGCCCCGCCUCUUCCUGUAUCCAGUUUUUAGACUCGGUCCGGUAGAGGACAGUCGUGUCUGUUAGUUCUCUCUCUCAUUAACUCUUUGUGGGGGAGUUAUUUGGCCAUUGCUGGCUUAUUUCUACUUAGUUUGCUCCUUUCUGCUCAAAUUGCUGGAGUUUUCUUCAAAAGUGGCUAAACUUUAUUGGAAUCAGCUGGGGAGUGCUAGAAACGCUCCAGUGGCCCUGAGCAGCCCUGCAGCAACGCCCACGUGCGUUUUGCAUCGCCCUAUCUUUUGCAGCACUUUCAAAGGAUUUUGGAGGCUUUUGGAGAGGUUUCCCUGCCUCCUGUUGCUGUUGGAGGAUUCUGGCUGCUAACUUCUGGCGCGAAGGCUUUUCCACGCCCAAUUUUGCCACGCUGUUAAGCCCUUUGGCUAGUGGCUAUUUCCUGCCUCCUGAGUAAUCUUCCUGGCUCCUGGAUUCUACUCUGCUUCUCUCCUGGCGCAGUGAGUUACCUGAACCUCCAAUUAUUCCCUGUGGGUGCAUUUAAGGGUGAUUUCUAUCCUUUGCAUUUAUUCUGAGCUGCAAAAGUAAAUUUCUGCUUUAUCAUGGCUGAUGCUAGGAGCAAUAAAUCCCAAAGCAAAGGAAAAAGGGGCCAUUCUUCUGAUCCUAAAGAAAGUUCCUCAGGGGAUUCUGUUCCUCCCAAGGCAGCCAGAGUUUCUACUAGAUCCACUCACUCCAAGAGUGCUAAUAUUGCUACAUCAUCAAGAGAAGAGACCAGGAGGCAUAAGGCCAUGGAAAAGGCCUUUCAAAAAGCUGCUUCAGAGGCCUCUAGAGUUUCAUCUCCUUCUGUGGGGCCUUCUAAAUCUCCUGCCUUCCCUACUUCCAAUGUGGCUGUUCCUUCUUCCCAAAUUCAAAUUGAACAUGAUUUUUCUCCUGAUCAGUCUACUCUGGGUGAGAAUGUAGCUGCUGAUGCUUCUUCAGUUUUUCCUGCUGCUAGGCCUCUAUCUCCAAUUGUUUCUAUUCAGGCCCCCCCAAGGCAAGAAUUUCCUGAGGCUCAAGCCCAAACCUGCAUUCAGGGGUCUGAGGCUCCUGUAAAUUUAACUCCUGCCCUAGCUGAACUUGUUUCUGUUUCAAUUAGGCAGGGUAUUGCUGAAGGCCUUCAGCAAAGGGCCUCUUCUGAGGCCUCCAGUUAUGUGAGUCAGCAGAGUCGUUCUGUGAGGGCCCAGAUGGUUGCUGAUCCUGUGCAAUGUGAAGAAAGGGCGGAUUCCCCGGAAAAUGCAAGUCAAGGUUCCCUGUCUGAGGGGGAAAUUGCCCCUGAUCAAGAUCUCUCGGAGGAUGAAGGCCUUGAACCAGACCAGCCUUCCUUCAUUGGUCUCUUCAAGCCUCAAUUAUUCAGAUCCCUUCUAUUUAAAGCUCAAAAUGUUACUGGCCUGGGAAUUUCUUCUACUCCUUCCUCUCAAGGGGCUUCUACACCAUCUUCUCAGCAUCCCUCUUCAUCAUUAUUAUUUCAGGAACCUUCCAUUCGUGCAGAGGUCGUUCCAGCUCCCAAGCUGUUUUCUGAUGUCGUUCAAAGACAGUGGUCUUCUCCUAGUUCUGGCCCGGUUCCCAAUGGUCUAGAUAAAAGAUUUUAUAAUAUGGCAUCUGAUUUUGCUAAUAUUCUUCAAGUUCCUUCUGUAGAUGCUCCCAUCGUCGCCCUCUCUUCUGCAUCUCCUCUUACUGGUCCGUCAGAGGAAUUCCUGCGCCCUGAAGAUAAGAAGUUGGAACGCUCCUUGGUCAAGGACCACCAGGCCUCUGCUUGGUCAAUUCAGGCCUCCUCGGCAGCUUCCUUUUUUAACAGGGCCUCCAUCCUUUGGCUUCGCCAAUUACAGGAAAGGCUGCCUCCUUCUGAUAUGCGAUCUCACCAGGACAUCAACAAGAUCCUAGCUGCUGUUGAGUUCUCUGCUGAUGCUACUCUGAAUGCGGCAAGGUUUUCAGCUAAGGCUAUCGGGGCUUCAGUCACUUCUCGUAGGCUCCUGUGGCUUCGUCAGUGGCAGGCAGAUGUUCGGAACAAGUGGAGACUGGCUUCAGCUCCUUUCUCGGGGAACUAUCUCUUCGGCCCAGCCUUGGACCCACUCCUCAUCGAGACGAAGGAUCAUCGCAAGAUUCUGCCCGCCUUAUCGAGAAGAUCUGAUCCUCGUCAGCAGGGUUCCUUUCGAAGCCAUUCCUUUCGCUCCGACUUCUCUUCCUUCCAGUCCAGGCCUCAGCGGUACCCUCAGCCCAGGGGCGGACAACAGCAGGAUUUCCAGGAGCACGUCAGAGGCCAGAGUCCCCUUGACUCCUCAAGUUCUCCGGUCCUUGGCAUGGUGGACCUCUCCGGCUCUUGCUCAGGGAUGCCUGUUCAGAGUGCCUCAACGCGUGAGCAUCACCACGGACGCGAGCCUCUUCGGAUGGGGGGCUCACCUGGGGUCUCAGCUGGCCCAAGGGCAGUGGUCGGUCCAGGAGAGGGGACUUCACAUCAACAUCUUGGAGCUCAGAGCCAUCUUCCGAGCUCUUCGCAAGUUCGCUCCUCUCCUUCGAGGUCUGGAUGUCUUGAUCAGAACAGACAACGUAGCUGCCAAGGCCCACAUCAACCGGCAAGGAGGGACCCGCUCCAAGGCUCUCAUGAGGGAGGCAUCUCGUCUCUUCAGGUGGGCGGAGAGUCACUUGGCAUCCAUCCACGCCUCUCACAUCUCAGGGUCAGCAAAUGUUCAGGCGGACGCUCUCAGUCGAUCGGUGGUGGACCAGACGGAGUGGAGCCUCGAUCCACUUCUGUUCCAGGACAUCGUGCAUCACUUCGGCCUUCCAGCAGUGGACCUCUUCGCGUCCGAAUCCAACCACCAGCUUCCGAGGUUUUACACGAGAUUUCCUGUCCCGGGAGCCGAAGCUGUGGAUGCCUUGAUCAGCCCGUGGCCUUGUGGUCUUCUUCUCUAUGCUUUCCCAUCUCUUCCCCUCAUCUCCAGGGUCAUCAGGAAGCUGUUGCAGGAACAAGCCGAGCUCAUCCUUCUGGCUCCCUUCUGGCCCAGACAACCGUGGUUUGCGGAUCUGAUGGCUCUCUCUGUUGCUCCCCAUUGGCAGAUCCCGGCCGACAAAAUAUCUCUGUGGCAGGGCCGUCUAGCUCAUCCAGACUCUCAGUGGUUCCGGCUGACCAUCUGGAGGUUGAGCGGUUCCUCCUGUCCUCAGCCAGGGUGCCUUCGGAAAUAAUUUCUAUGAUCCAGGCCUCCCGUCGAGGAUCAACGAACCGUAUUUACAAUGCCACUUGGAUGGCCUUCUCUGCCUGGUGUCGCCGUAAGAAGGUCCUUCCUACUGCUGCUUCCAUUCUUGACAUCCUGGGCUUCCUUCACGAUGGAUUCAUUUCGGGGCUUUCUCCCAAUACCCUCCGGAGGCAAAUCUCUGCCAUCUCAUCUAUCCUCACCUGCGGCACCGCUGAGUCGGUGUCCACUCAUCCUCUCAUCCGUUCAUUCCUCAGAGGCGCAACCAAUCUACGUCCUCCGGCUGUUCAUCGGUUUCCCACCUGGGACCUGAAUAAGGUUCUGUUAGCUCUUACUGGUCCUCCUUUUGAACCUCUCCGGGAAGUCUCGCUGAAGUUCUUGUCUUUUAAGGCAGCCUUUCUAGUGGCUAUCACCUCGGCUAGAAGGAUCUCGGAGUUGGCUGCCCUCUCAGUUCGCCAGGAUCUCUGUAUUAUUCAUCCUGAUCGAGUAAUUUUGAGAUUGGAUCCAGCUUUUAUUCCAAAGAUCAAUUCAACUUUUCAUCGUUCUCAAGAGAUCAUUCUUCCCAACUUCUGUCCUUUCCCCCGUCAUCGCUUGGAGACUGUGUGGCACAAGCUUGAUGUUCGUCGGGCUCUCAAGAUUUAUAUCUCCAGGACUUCUUCCUUUCGUCGCUCCGAGGCUCUCUUUGUGUCUUUCCAACCCCAGUCCAUGGGGUCAAAGGUUUCUUCUACUACCUUGGGUCGAUGGCUCAGGGCUUCCAUUUCUUUAGCUUACGAAGCUCAAUCGUUGCCAGUGCCUCGUGGUGUUACAGCCCACUCUACCAGGAGCGCGGCUACUUCGGCUGCCUGGUCUACCCAAGCUUCACUCGAGGAGGUCUGCCGAGCCGCUACUUGGACGUCUCCAUCUCCAUUUAUCCGGCAUUACCGGUUGGAUGUUUAUGCAUCGGCGGAAGCCUCCUUUGGAAGACGUGUGCUGCAGCGGGUAUCUUCCCAGGACCAGGAGAGGCGCCGGCCUUCUCCCUCCCAAUAGACACGACAGUCUACCUUUCGUCCUCGUCUCAAACUGGAUACAGGAAGAGGCGGGGCUUCUUUUGUUGGUGGACUCGGUCCUAGAGCUACUGGCUUGGUUGUAACCCUUUAGUGACCGGCGUUUCCUAGUGACUAGAAGUGGUGUAUCAGGUAAG